AAAAAUAUAUUAACCCAAUUACUUUAUUGCUUCCCUUUUUCCCGAAGGGAGGGGAAGGUGAUGGAAGGCGAGCCCAAAGCAAAGCCGGCGACAGUGGAACAUUUCUUUCUUCUCAUUUUCAGGCGUUUCUCAGCCAAGUUACUUCUUCUUCACAAUAGUACUUGACUGAAAACCAAAACCCAGACGCCAUUUGUAUUAACUUUCCCUUCCGAUACUAUUAGCAUCGUCCUCCUUUUCCUUCAGCAAAUUUCCCCUCUUCUUCUUCCCUUCCUUUCUUUGUGUAUGAGCUAAAGUAACAGUCUCUCGCUGCCUAUCUGCGGAACCCUCCUUUUUCUUUGCGUGCUUUAAUGGAGGAGGCAAAUAGUAGUUCGGGUGUAGCAAGCAAUGUGGCUCGAGCCAUAGUUGCAGCUCUCAACUGGAACUCCACUCCCGAUGAUCGCAGAGCUGCUGUUUCUUACCUUGAUUCUAUUAAAACAGGAGAUGUACGAGUACUGUUAAACACGUCAUUGCUUCUUGUUAAAGAGGAUUGGUCUUCUGAAAUUCGGUUGCAUGCUUUCAAGUUGCUGCAGCAUUUAGUUCGGUUGCGUUGGGAGGAACUCAGCUCGAUAGAGCGCAGAAACUUUGCGAAUUUAGCUGUUGAAUUGAUGUAUGAUAUGACAAACCAUAGUGAAGAAUGGCCAUUGAAGAGCCAAAAGGCUGCACUCGUUGCUGAGAUUGUUAGAAGAGAAGGUAUACAACUAUGGCAAGAACUGCUGCCAUCUUUGACUUCCAUAUCCAACCAAGGUCCUGUGCAGGCUGAGUUGGUUUCAAUGAUGUUGAGGUGGCUUCCCGAAGAUAUUACAGUUCACAAUGAAGAUUUGGAAGGUGAUCGUCGGCGCCUAUUAUUAAGGGGGCUUACGGAGUCUUUACCGGAUAUUUUGCCAUUGUUAUACACUAUACUAGAACGGCACUUUGGAGCUGCAUUAAGUGAAGUGAGUCGGCAGCACAUGGGUGUAGCAAAACAGCAUGCUUCAACUGUGGCUGCUGCUCUGAAUGCUAUUAAUGCAUACGCCGAGUGGGCUCCUUUGGCUGAUCUAGCUAAAUUCGGUAUAAUCCAUGGGUGUGGUUUCUUGCUUUCAGCUGCAGAUUUCCGUCUUCAUGCCUGUGAAUUUUUCAAACUUGUCUCUUCAAGGAAAAGGCCAGCGGAUACUUCUGCUUCAGAAUAUGAUUCUGCAAUUAUUAGCAUCUUCCAGAUUCUGAUGCAGGUGUCUAGAGAACUUUUGUACAAGUCUACCUCAACCGCGGGUUCUGUGGAUGAGAAUGAAUUCGAGUUUGCUGAAUACAUAUGCGAAAGCAUUGUGUCUUUGGGCUCUACUAAUUUGCAAUGCAUUACUGGAAACAGUUCUAUGUUAUCUAUUUACUUACAACAGAUGCUCGGAUUUUUCCAACAUUAUAAACUCGGUCUUCAUUAUCAGUCGCUGCUCUUUUGGCUGAUUUUUCUCCUUCUGUUUAAGGCACUAAUGAGGGAUUUAGUGAUGAAGCCAAAAGUUACAUCAGCUCCAUCUGGUGAUGUCUCUGGUUCUGCUCAGCUUGACAAUGAGAAACAAAUGAUUUUGAGUCUUGUUAAUGAGGAUAUCUGUGGUCCAAUCCUAGAUGUCUCUUUCCAGCGCAUGAUUAGAAGAGAGAAAGCAUUUCCUGGGUCUUCUUUUGCUCCAGUUACCUUGGAGUUGUGGAGUGAUGAUUUCGAAGGGAAGGGAGACUUUAGCCAGUAUCGUUCUAAGCUAUUAGAGCUCAUGAAGCUUAUUGCAUCCUUGAAGCCCAUAUUAGCUAGUAGUAAAGUGUCCGACAGAGUUUUUUUAAUCAUUAACACCCCCUUCGCUUCCCUGGUUCCUCUUCAGGACCUAGCUAUGAUGGAGAGCGUCCAAGUCUCUCUAGAAAAUAUAGUUGCUUCAGUAUUUGAUGGAUCAAAUGAAUUUUCUGGGGGUGGUACUGAACUCCAUCUUGCAUUGUGCAGAAUAUUUGAAGGUUUGCUUCAGCACCUUCUAUCCCUUAAAUGGUCAGAGCCAGCUCUUGUGGAAAUCCUAGGGCGCUAUAUGGAUGCAUUAGGUCCUUUCAUGAAGUACUAUCCUGAUGCUGUUGGUGGUGUCAUUAACAAACUAUUUGGGCUUCUAACAUCUCUUCCUUGUGUUAUGAAGGACCCCUCAACGAGUGGUGCAAGGAAUGCAAGGUUACAGAUCUGUACUUCGUUCAUACGAAUAGCAAAAUCUGCUGAUAAAAGCAUCUUGCCCCACAUGAAGGGUAUAGCAGAUACUAUGGGUUAUAUGCAAAGGGAGGGCUGUUUGCUUCGCAGUGAACACAAUCUUCUGGGAGAAGCAUUCCUUAUCAUGGCUUCUGCUGCUGGGCUUCAACAACAACAGGAGGUUUUGAACUGGUUACUCGAACCAUUAAGCCAGCAGUGGGUGCAAUUGGAAUGGCAAAACAGUUAUUUAUCCGAACCAUUAGGUGUAGUUCGUUUAUGCUUGGACACAUCAUUAAUGUGGUCAAUUUUUCACACAGUCACGUUAUUUGAAAGGGUGCUUAAAAGGAGUGGGUUCAAGAAGGACAAUUUGAACUCAGAGAACAGCUCUAUGCAGCAUCCUUUGAGUUCUCAUCUAGCUUGGAUGCUGCCUCCUCUCUUAAAACUUCUUCGUGCUUUGCAUGCCCUUUGGUCUCCAUCUAUAUCUCAAACUUUACCAGCAGAGGUAAAAGCUGCCAUGAUGAUAACUGAUGCAGAGAAAUACAGUCUUCUUGGAGAAGGCAACCCCAAAAUAUCGAAGACAUCGCUUACUUUCACUGAUAGUUCUCAAGCCGACACAGAGGCAAAUGAGGUUGAUAUAAGGAAUUGGUUAAAAGGAAUCAGGGACAGUGGUUACAAUGUGUUGGGCAUGGCAACAACAAUUGGGCAUCCAUUUUUCAAGUGCUUCGACAUUGACUCAGUUGCAUUGGCACUCAUGGAGAAUAUACAGUCAGCAGAGUUCAGACAUUUGAGGCAGCUCAUACAUUCAGUGUUGGCCCAUUUGGUGAAAUCUUGCCCUCCAGAAAUGUGGGAGAUUUGGCUGGAGAAGCUUCUCCAUCCUUUACUCAUCCACCUGCAUCAAGUUCUCAGCUUCUCUUGGUCCAGUCUUUUGCAUGAAGGCAGAGCUAAAGCUCCAGACGUGCAGUGCAUCCUUGCCACAUCAGAUUUGAAAGUGGAAGUAAUGGAGGAGAAGCUGCUCCGAGAUUUAACUCGUGAGAUGUGUGCUCUUCUAUCAAUCAUGGCAUCGCCAAGUCUUAAUACAGGGCUCCCGUCUUUAGACCAAUCUGGGCAUAUUAACCGCUUGGUGGAUACUUCUUCUCUAAAGGACUUGGAUUCUUUUCUCUCAAACUCCAUGGUCGCUUUCAUGUUGAAGCACAAUAGCUUGGCGAUCCCAGUGUUGCAGAUUUGUAUCGAGGCUUUCUCAUGGACGGUUGGUGAGUCCAUGACAAAAGUUUGUUCCUUUUGUGCUGCUGUGGUUGUUCUAUCAAUCUCAACUAGAAAUGUCGAGCUACAGAAGUUUGUCUGCAAGGAUCUUUUCUCGGCAGCCAUCAAAGGUUUGACGCUCGAGUCGAAUGCUAUAAUCAGUGCAGAUUUGGUUGGUCUUUGUCGCGAUAUCUUCAUCUAUCUUUGCGACAGGGAUCCUGCUCCGAGACAGGUUCUACUCUCUCUUCCAUGCAUCUCACCUCUCGAUUUGGCUGCUUUUGAGGAAGCUUUGACCAAGACGUUGAGUCCAAAGGAACAGAAGCAGCUCAUGAGGAGCUUACUCAUGUUAGCUACUGGGAACAAGUUGAAGGCUCUCGCUGCCCAGAAAACUGUAAAUGUCAUCACAAACGUUACAGCAAGGCCUCGUAGCGCGGUAACUGCUGCAACAGAGGCAAGAAUUGAUGAUGGGGAGCCCGUGGGUCUGGCAGCUAUAAUGUGAAAGGGUUUUGAUAUGGUUCACACGGUGCAGAAUGUACAGCAAAAUCACAGUUCUAACAGGAAAGGAGGAAGUUACUAAUGACAAGACAGAAUACACCAGUGGUAGAGAAGAGAAUUUAUAGAAGGAGAAAGAAAGGGCAAAGCUUUUAUUUUGCCUCCUAAUUAACUACGUAGAGAAUGAUGUUAUGUGGCAGAAAAGAGUUACAUGCUGUAUUGUAUAACAGGAAAGUUUGGUGUUUUUGAAAGAGAGGUACUUAGGAGAGUAGUAGUUGUGAAUGGUAGGUGGGAAGAAGAGCAGCUGGGGAAAAUAUUGGAAUGGACAGUUGGAACUUGAAACUUGAGUCCAUUUCCCCAUCUGCCUUCCUAAGUUUCAAGCAGCUUUUGGUCUAUAAAAGGAUGUGAAGCCGAGUUUCUGUUCCCCCUGUAAAGUUUGAGUCUUUUGGCUCUAGGCAGGAACUCUGAUUGUUUGUGACCGCCCGCCGGUGGUUGAUCGUCGUUCAUUUCCUGCUUGACAAGGUUAGAUCGGAAUGGGACCGGGCGGUUGGGCCCCGCCGGGACCGGGUGGACCUGGGCCUGGACCAGGGCCGGGCGGGCUGUUUGGUGGGCUCUGUAAUAUCAUAGGCUGUUGCCUGAAUUUUCUGUGCUGUUGCUGGUUAUUCCAAGACUGCUUCGGUGGUGGUCCACUGGGGCUUCCUUUUCCUGCACCUGGCCCAAUGGGCCCUCCAUUUGCUCCUCCUGGCCCGAUGGGCCCGCCUCCUCCUUGAUCAGCUUCAACUCUGCAUUAGGAACAUUUCAAGAUCGCCAUGUUUUCUUGGCCUCGUGCUGGAAUGUAUUUACCAAAAUGAAAUAAAGACACUGCUUGUUAUAAUUCUUGAGGUAUCAUAGCGGUAGAUUUCAUUUCAACCUCUUCAAGUAACAGUAGUU